AUGGCUUUCAAAUUGCCGGCGUCUAUCGCGGUCGCGAUAGCCCUGGGAACGGGACUCGUGUCUGGUGGAUCUCUAAAAGACAUUGAACAUGUCGUCAUCUUCAUGCAGGAGAAUCGCUCGUGGGACACGUAUUUCGGCACUAUGCCUGGAGUCCGGGGAUUCAAUGAUCCCAAUGUCCAGGUCAACCCAGACGGAAACUCGGUCUGGAAUCAAUUAGUCGAGCCGGCCCAAUCAAACAAGACCAAGACCUUGCUACCCUGGUAUCUUGGAUAUCAAGGCGGCGACUGGAAUGAUGCAAUUCAGUGCAUGUCUGCGGGUAGCAACAGCUACGAGGAGAACCAGCAAUCUCUCAACUAUGGGUUGAACAAUCACUGGGUGACAAACAACACACCCUGGAGCUGGGGGUAUUUGAAGCGGCAAGAUAUUCCAGUUCAAUUUGCUAUUGCUGAAGGUUGGACAUCGGGAGAUAUGUAUCAGGAAAGCCAAAUCACUGCCACAAAUCCUAAUCGGGUUACUUUGGUCAGCGGCUCCAUCAACGUUCCUGGUAGUCCCCAGAGCAAGGACCAGGGAGGUGUUUAUAUUGACAAUAAUGAGGUACCAGGCUGUGAUGACAACGGUAUCAACUGCUACCCACUCAAGUGGAAGACAGUCUAUGACUUUUAUGAAGAGGCGGGAGUCUCUUGGCAACUCUACCAAGACACAAACAACUUUGACGACAACCCUCUGGCUUGGUUCGACCAAUUUCAAACUGCCCCGCAAAACAGUUCUCUGGCUAAAAAGGGUAUGUCGUUCGUGGGCCUUGAUUCCUUCUACCAAGCUGCCGCCAACGGCACAUUACCCGAGGUUAGUUUCAUUGUCGGGCCGGCGGAGCUGUCAGAGCACCCGCCGUACAUGCCAAAGGACGGAGGCUGGCUUCAGAAGAAGGUCGUCGAUGCCGUCACCAGUAGCCCGAAGUACAACUCGACCCUUCUGAUGAUCAGCUAUGAUGAGACUGGUGGCUUUGGCGACCAUGUCACCCCCUUCCAUUCUCCUAAGGAUACCCCGGGAGAAUGGAUGCAGGACCCCUUGGGUAUGUUCACGGAUAUCUUCACAGGACCUGGUUUCCGGGUACCAUUCUAUAUGAUCUCCCCCUGGACUCGCGGAAACCGUGUGUUCACCGAGCGGGCAGAUCACAACUCCCAGAUUCUCUUCGUUGAGGAAUGGUUGACUGCACGGGGAUACGAAAAUAUCACAACCGAUCAGAUGGUUGAAUGGAGACGCAAGCACAUGUCUAAUCUAGUCAACGCGCUUGAUUUGCACAAUCCAGACUACUCUCUCCCCAGUCUCCCUGAUGCCGGGACCGUGGAUACCAACGCCAAGGGCGAGUAUACCGGUACAUCUAACUGCCAGGCACGUUACAAGCAGACACGUCCGGAUGUUCCCUAUGGAGAACAGAGCAACGCAACGGAUGUCAAUACCCUGUGGUUUGAAGAAGGUUUCAAAGAGGUGGUUGGCUACCUCACCGAGGGCCGAUACCUAACCUUUGAGAAGAAUGGAGCAGCCCUCACGAAUCCGGCCAGAGGCAACAGCCUUGUGUCCAGCCCUGCAAGCCCUCAGCACAACAAUAAAGCGCAGCGUUGGGUGAUCCACUACAACAAUGACGAGGAAAGCCAGACAUUUACCGUCUCCAGCGCACUGGAUGGUCGAUGGGUCGGCCCCGAUGGUGUUCUGCUUCCCAAAAGCCACAGCGCAAAGGCAGCCCAAGUGCAUUUCACCUUCCUAGGUGGUGGCCUUGGCUAUACCAUGCAGUUUGUGGAGAAGGGGCAAUACAUCGAUAUUGACAAGCACGGACACUUGGAUACUGAAACCCGCAAGACUAGACCUGCUAGUGGCUACCAGGUCUUCAGCGUCUCUUUCCGUAAUUAG